GAAAUGAAAGUUCGCCCUUCACUUGCAAGCACAGACAAAGACUCGCUGCCAAAUCUCUCGUCAUCUGCUAUCAAAUGCAAGAAAAGAAACCAGAGAUGGCAAACAAGAACCCAAAGAAGGCCAAUCUUUUAGAUCACCACUCUAUCAAGCACAUUCUCGACGAGUCCGUCUCUGAGAAUGUUACCAGUCGCGGAUAUGUGGAAGAUUUUAGGAUGAGCAAUAUAAGAUUGUUGAUGGGGACCAUUAUCAUAGUUAUCGCGCUUAUUGCUCAGUUUUACAAGAAGAAGUUCCCUGAGAACAGGGACUUUUUGAUCGCUUGUAUUGUAUUGUAUGUAGUCUUCAAUGGAUUGUUGCAGCUGAUUAUAUACACAAAAGAGAAGAAUGCGAUCAUGUUCACAUAUCCUCCUCAGGGAUCUUACACCAGCACUGGUUUGGUGAUCUCUUCCAAAUUGCCCAGAUUUUCAGAUGACUACACACUUAGCAUAGCAAGUGCAGAUCCCAAAUCAAUUUCUGCAGGAAAACCAGUGCAGUUUACCAAGAGCGUCACCCAAUGGUUCACCAAGGAUGGCGUUUUAGUGGAAGGUUUGUUCUGGAAAGAUGUUGAAGCUCUAAUAAAUGAUUAUGCAGGAGAACCAAAGAAAAACAAGUGAGCUGCUCCUCUAACAAUAUUUCAUAGGUCAAUGGUUGGACAGAUACCCAUCAAUAUUGAGAUUUGAUAUGGAUGGUCAUUGAAAUUAUCAUUAGUGCCUUGAAAAUUUUUGAGCCAAACUAAAUGAAUAUCGAAUUUACAAGUAUUUUGGAUUAGAUUUGUUAAUGUGAUUCAUAUCGUGUUGCCUCUUGGAAAACGAGGGGUUUGUCCAUUAUUGGAUGGCACUAGGUAUGUCCAAAUUUCAUAUUGGCUACUACUAUCCAUCUUUAUUGAUGCUCAAUUGGGAGAUCAUCA